AUGCCUUUAGAAAAUCUCAAUCUCGAGACACCACCAAAAUGCACUGCGGACUUUUGCCUCAUCCCGCUUGGCACACCCACAGCUUCAGUGUCGGCGGAAAUUGCUGAGGUUCAGCGUCUGAUGAAGAGGAGCGGGUUGAAGUAUAGUAUGCACUCGGCCGGAACGACCAUUGAAGGAUCCUGGGACGAUGUCAUGCGAUUGAUUGGCCAAGCACACACACUUCUGCAUGAAAAGGGCAUUGUACGCAUUCAAAGCGAUAUUCGAGUAGGCUCUCGCACGGACAAAGCGCAGACCAUGGAAGAUAAAGUCUCAGCGGUAGAGAAAUUGCUUGCUGCGGAUGAAGCCUGA